CGUCAUUGCGUGCGGUUGUGCGUCGCUCCUGCUUUCCUUCGCUCACCCUUACAUUUUGUUGCUCCUUCUUCCUUAAGCUCGUCCCGUGAACCCUCUUGAGGAUUUGGUUGUGCCUCACACCUUUACCUGCGACAUCGUGUGUGUUACGUUCAGCAAUUCUGGCGUUAUUUUAAGUGUAACUCAUUUCUUCUGUUGCUCCUAAUAAAUUAUUAAAGCCUGUGUUAGGCUGGCGUGCGAUCGUCGCAGUCUCUGCCGUGACAUCCGUUAUUUCACGCACACCGCUCGCUUUGUUCUCGCGGCUUCGAUCUAUGAAUUGCUUUGGCUAUCAAUGUCGGAAAAAUUAAAUCGAAAUUCAUUAUAUCUGCCUUAAUUACUCCCAUAACUACUAAAUAAUUCACAUUAUUUAGUUGUUAUUUUCUUUAAUCUGACAAUUUCCUUAAUCUGUCGACUAGAAUCUCACACCUCUUGUAUUCAUUGAGUAUUAGCCAAAAAUAUCCAUCGUUGGCGUGCGCGUAUUUUUGGCGCAUCGCUGCGCAUGAAUCAGUCGCCGUUCGCGCCGGUCUACACCGUGCCGGGCGUCUCGUACUCCGCGCCCGCGUCCAGCGGCAACCGCGCGCGCGUCUUCGAACACAGCCUCGACGCCAGCACCUUCGCCAAGAUGUCCAUCGAACCGGCGGACGACCUCGGGCGCAAGACCCUCAACCCGAACACGUACGCGACGCGCAAGACCAUCGCGCAGGGCAUGCUCGACAUCGCCCUCCUGACAGCCAACGCCUCGCAGCUGCGAUACGUUCUCAACCUCGGCGACAAGCACGACAACUACCAGCUCAUGGUCGGCCUCAUCGUCACCUCGCUGGUCCUGCAGGUGCUGGUGGGUAUUUUGUUUCUGAUCAUUGGAGCUCUGAACAUCAACAAACUUGAUCAACAGUUCGCCGCAAACAUCCUUAACAACAUCAUAGGUGUCAUGCUAUUUACGAUCACGGUCGUCAACGUAGUCCUGAACGCUUUCGGCCUUAGUCAACCUCCUGUUCAAUAAUAACUAAGAGCUUUGUAAAACAAUAAUAUUAAGUUAAUGGUUGGUGAUUCUGCUUAAUCUACGUAUGAAGAUGUUAGUCUAGUAAGAAAUGAUUAGCUUAAGCUCUAAGAACCAGAUUAAGAUAACGUACCAACUUAAAUUUUCUAAAUGCACCAAAGAAUUCUUUUUAAAAUAUUUCGUUAAACAACGCAUGUUAGUUUCGUAUAAGAUUAAGCCUAAUGAAUAUUGACUAACUCGGCAACAUGUAAAUCGUGGAGAAAUUUGCCCAAACUGAGUAGACGCUCUUUGCAGCCAGCUUGCGCGUCUGUCUCCCAGUACUGUCCGGUUAAGUUAAAAGUGUUCGAAGAGUUAGUGUCUCCGGGUUAAGUAAGUUAAAAUGUUAAAAUUUCAGAUAACUGAAGAAUGAUUUCUAAUUUUACUUGAUAAUUCUUACAAUUUAGGUUAUUCAUGAUGGGUCUUUAAGCGUUUAAUGAAUGUAAACAUUUUAUAAUCAAAUUCUAAUUUAAGUUUGACAACCUUGAUAAAGAAUGUAAAUUUUAAAUUAUAUCUUCAAUAUAUUGAUAUUGAAAUAUUUUCAUAUGCUGAAGAAGUUCAAUACCAUGCUGAAUACUUCGUGAAGAGUGCUAGCCAAUCUUCAUAAAGAAUCUUUAUGAAGGGUGCUAGUCUAUAUAUGAACAUAAUUAAAAGACUUGCAUAACUAAACAUGCGGUGAAAAAGACAGCGAUAGAAAAUAAAAAUAAGUUAAGUCAAGUUAAAGUUAUAGCCUGAAGCAAGGUUUGGACGGUUCCGGCGCUAAUUUAUACAAACAAUAAGCAACAAUAAAACUGCCUGCAUAACUUGUGAUCGCCGCCUACUGCAAGUUUUUUUCAGAUAACGAUUUACUUUCUGCUGCGACUUGUGAACUGUUGCUUCAUUUUUGUGUCCAGGGUCAUCAGCAAUAAUAAAUUUGAAUAUUACA